AUGUCGUUCGCCGGGCUCAAGAAACAAUUCAACAAGGCUAAUCAGGUAUGUUAAUAUUAAAUUAUUGUUUUUGAUCUUUAGGUAAAUUGAAGAAGAGUGUUUUUUGGUAAGAGUGAUUUUGGUGGAUUCGUGCUUCUUUUAAGGGUCAAGGUCUUAAAAAACAAUUGUUUUGAAGCAAGUUAUGAGUAAUAAUAUUUUAAGUUGACUGAAGGUAAUGGAUAAUAUGUUUUCAGUAUCUCAGCGAGACGAUGGGCGCUGCUGAGGCAACAAAACUUGAUGAAGAGUUCAAUGAGAUGGAACGAGUAAGUUUUUGGGCUAUAAAAUCGUAUUAAAGAUAGUUAAAUAUCGGUUUUGUUGGUUUAUAUACAUUACCUAAAUUCAUUUGUAGCUGAAGUGUAAUAUUUUUACGUCAAAAACAUUUUAAUCUUUAAAUUUCAGAAGAUUGACCUGACCUACGAGUUAGUAGGAGCCUUGACAGCCGGCACUAAUGAGUAUCUUCAACCAAAUCCAGCAACACGAGCUAAAAUGGCAGCUAUGGGUGCCAUGAGUAAGGUCCGAGGUACCACAAAGUCCCAAUCUUACCCACAAACGGAAGGUCUUCUGUCUGAGACUAUGCAAAAGUAUGGCAAAGGUCUAGGCGAUGAUUCGGACUUGGGAAAAGCUUUGGUGGAUUCUUCAGAAGCCUUCAGGCAGAUGGCUGAUAUCAAGUAUCAACUGGAAGAUGUUGUAAAACAUAACUUUUUGGAUCCAAUCACUCAUUUGAUGAACAAUGAGUUGAAGGAUGUUAAUGUAUGUUGUUUAGUUUGUUUUGCUUUUGAUUUUAGGUGAUUUCAACAGAGUUAUCAUUGGCAAGAGAGUUAUGAUUCUAAUUAUAUUGUUAUACCUUCAGACUCAUCGGACUAAACUAAAGGGCCGUAGACUGGACUAUGAUUGUAAAAAGAGAAAGCAAACACGAGAUGAUGAACUUCUACAAGCUGAGGAGAAACUAGAGGAAUCUAAGAAGCUUACGGAACAAGCUAUGUUCAAUGUUUUGAGCAAUGAUGUGAGUUGGAAUUGUUUAUGGGAACUUUUUGGUGUUUCUUUUUAAAAAGUUGCUAAAACUGUCUAAUAAAACCGUAUUUUACAACAAAUUUUAGAUUUAUUUUAAGUAUAUUAAACUCAAAAUUGAUUGAAUUAAAAUUUUUAGGUAGAACAAAUUUCUCAAUUGAAGGCUCUGGUUGACGCCCAGCUUGAUUUCCAUCAACAAACUCUUCAUGUUUUAGAAAACUUGAAGGGACAAUUAGAUAACAGGAUAAAGGAAUGUUGUGCGCGGCCGAGACGAGACCACAGUGUGAAGCCAGUACUGAUGGAUAGAACGCCGAGAAGCCGGUAAGGAUUUUAGAGGGUUUUCUUGGGGUUUAGGUAAUAAGAAUGAUUUUGUAGGUUUUUAGGGGUUUUACUUACAAAAUUUAUUGUUUAUGUGAAAUGAUGGGGAUAUUUUCAUUUUAAGGCAAAUUGUUACUUAUAAAGUUGUUUUUUUGCCUUUAGAUGGGUUUUAUUACCUAAAUUUUUUUGUUUUGUGGCUUUUAAGGUAUUUUUGUUACCUGAAAUUGAUGUUUUUGGCGUUUUUAACGGAAUUUUUUACCUAAAAUAAGCAAACGUUCUUUUUUGGGGGUUUAAGCUUUAAAAAACUAUUUUAGAUAGAUUUUUAGGUAACAAUGUUUAUGAACAUGCAAACUUUUUAGUUUUUAGAGUUAAAAACUUUAUUUUAGGCUAAAGUUCUAACUAAAAAACUUCAUUUUAUGCUAGAAUAAUAUCUAAAACAAGCAGUUGUUACCUAAAAAAAUAUUUUUCAGAUCCCCAGUAUCAGGCGUCGUAGCCGGCACCAACAACCUGAACUUUGGUGAGUCGGCUCCACCAGCUCAGAAUGGUGGCUCCCACUUCACCCCCACUCCAGCCGCCGCUCCAGCUUCGACCAAACCUCAGCCAUCAUGCAAAGCCUUGUUCGACUUCGAAGCCCAGAACCCAGGGGAGUUGGAGUUCAAGGAGGGUCAGGUCGUGGAGCUCCUGAACCAAGUCGACGAGAACUGGUACGAAGGCAGAAUCAACGGAAAAACCGGCUUCUUCCCCAUCUCCUACGUCCAGGUCUUGGUGCCAUUGUAA